AUGGAGGUUCUUCAAGGCUUGCCGGCUUGGAAGACGGUAGUUCAGAAUAUCCUUUCGGCAGUCAGGCCGGGGACUCUGCCCGGGGGGAGGCGCAUUUCCGGUCCCAAGUGGCAGUUUCCAAAUGGCCACAUUAUCGACAAGUUCGUGAGCGGACGCGCAAAUGUCAUCACGACCCCGGAGAACCUUCGCGCCUUUUACCUGGAUGGAGAAAAACACGGCAAGCACUCGAAUCUAGGAUGUUUUCUUGACCAAAUCCUGGGACGCUGUAUUGGCUUUCUCGAAGGGGAUGGAUGGAAGCAAAAGCGCCAGAUCUUUUACCCCCCGUUCAGCUACGAUGCCACUGCUAACCGGAUUGGCGCGACAGAGGGCUCUGCCAGGAAGUUCGUCGAUGAGCUGCCCUCUCUGCAUCCAAAAGCGGCCCAGGACGACGACGGAAAGAAAAGGGUCAGCUUUGACAUCAUCAACGGCUUCCGGAAGUUCCCUCUGUAUUUGACUGCCAGCGUGCUCUAUGGUGCUAUGACCGACACCGAGAAGGCUGAUCUCUGGGCCUUGGCUGAGAAGCGGCUCGCACUCUGGCCAUAUGCGGUGAUCGGCGGCCCUUACCGCUUCAGCUGGGGCCACUGGAUUGAUCGAACAGGCUUCGACCUUCUCAAGGAUUUUAGCUCGGAGUGGCGCAAAUACAAUGAACGGCUGGUCCUGGCCAGGCGUGCCCGGGGCAUUAAGACGCCUCUGACUUUGUUCUGGGAUUCAUACGAAGCGGGGGAGGUGACAUUGGAAAAUGUCAUGCACAGUCUGGACGAGAUACUCAUGACGAACCUCGAUGUGACUGCACAUGCAAUCACCUGGAUCAUCACCCUAAUUGCCGAGCACAAGCAGGCUCAGCAGGAAUUGCGUGACGAGGUGGACGCCCAUUGGAACAGUCUGCAUGAGUAUCUUUCCGAAAGCGACACACUUUUGCACCGGGUCUUCAUGGAGACUUUACGUCGCAGCCACCUGCAAACCAUGGUUCUGGUGGACGUGUUUGCCAUCAACGUCCGGAACCCUUUCUGGGGCAGUGACAGCGAGGAAUUCCGACCCUCCCGCUUCCAGAAUAUGAAGCCCACAGAUCUUCGAUACAACUUGAUUAUCUUCGGAUUUGUCGGCCGGAAGUGUCCCGGACAAUACAUGGCUGUGCAAGGAACUAAGGCCCUCCUCGAACAUGAGGGAGGUAAUAGCCAGACCAAGACCGAGACGCAGGUGAUUCCCAUGGCGGAUGUAGUUAUUCAGCUCACGUCUAGGGACAUGGCUUUGCCUUUGUAA